AUGUCAUUGGUGGACGCCGGUUCUUCUCUCACCGGUUGCUCUCAGGGAGGCGUCGGUCUUCCUGACGUCAGCAGCCCUCGCCAUCAGCUGUCCGUGGCGAACAAAGUGACCCGCGAGAGUGGCCGAAAACGCUGCAAGCUGUCGAGCGUCAUUCAAGAGCUGUCGCAUGGCUCGGGCUCGCUGUCUCCGUUGCCUGUCGACCUGUCCACAGAACUGGCUCUGAUAGAUGGAUGGACGUAUCCAAAGACUCGGCAUUAUCGGCCCGUUAUCGUUGUCCAAAACGGCACAUAUCCGCGCAUCGGUCCAGAACUGGACAGAGGGGGUCAGUCCAUAGCGACCGGCCGUAUGGAUGGGAGUAGCCCAAGGUCAACCGACCCAAGGUCAGACGCGAUGUCCAAACUUUCCUUCUUACCGUACGACCCCGUCGGUUGUCGGCCUAGCGAGUGCCGCGCCAUGAUGCUUAGGCAGCAGCGAGCGAGUGAACGGACAGACGGCCUUCAUUCGUCGCCGCCACCACCACAGGUCACUCUAUGA